AUCAAACAAGUGGUGAACAUUCUCAAUUUUGAAGCUCCACUGCCUAAUCUCCCACCCAAACUACCAAAACCAAUGUAUUUUGCUCUUUCUUUAAACAUGGAUUCUACUUCUUAUACAACAUCUACUGACACUACAACAACAAGAGAUCAAUUCCAGUAUACAUCAUCAAGUAGUUACACAGAUUCAUCUACAUCCGCUGGUCUUUUUAGACCUACACAUAAAAGUUGAAUUGUAGCGAGCAUCCCUCAUUUUCGGUUGGAAUUAUAUCCCUUACUUAUUAAUCAUGGAUGAGAAGCUUGAGAUCCUUCUGAAAUGGGCGGCAGAGGUUGGAAUUUCAGACUCAGAAACUUACCAAACUCAAUCCCAUCCCCCACUGACCUGUUUAGGUCACUCUCUGUACGUUUCGCAUUUUCCCGAAGCCGGAGGAAGGGGUUUGGCGGCGCUGCGUGACAUUAGCAAAGGAGAGUUGAUUCUCAGAGUUCCCAGAUCAGCAUUAAUGACAAGAGAAACUGUACUCAAAGAUGAGAGACUAUCUAACGCUCUCAACGCCCAUUCUUCUCUCUCUUCUACUCAGAUAUUAAGUAUUUGCUUAUUAUAUGAAAUGGAUAAAGGAAGGAGUUCGUGGUGGUAUCCUUACUUGAUGAAUCUUCCAAUUAGUUAUGACGUUUUAGCAACUUUUGGUGAAUUUGAAAAGCAAGCUUUGCAAGUGGAGGAUGCAAUUUGGGCUACACAAAAGGCCGUGUUGAAGGCUGAAUUGGAAUGGAAAGAAGCUAAUGUGGUGAUGAAAGAACUCAACCUUAAGCCUAGACUUCUUACCUUUAAGGCAUGGCUUUGGGCGUCUGCUACUGUAUCUUCGCGGACUUUGCAUGUACCAUGGGAUGUAGCUGGGUGUUUAUGCCCUGUGGGAGACUUAUUUAAUUAUGCUGCACCAGGAGAAGACUUAAAUUUCAAGAUGCAAUCUUCUUCAUUUGGGAAUUACCCUUGUGUAAAUGGGGAUGGCCCAAUUGAUGUGUUAGACUCAGAACAACUUGAUUUUCAUUCAGAAAGAUUGACCGAUGGUAGUUUUGAGGAAGAUGUUGCUGCAUAUUGCUUCUAUGCCAGGAGACAUUAUAAAAAAGGAGAGCAGGUCUUAUUGUGCUAUGGUUCGUAUACAAAUAUAGAGCUUCUUGAACACUAUGGCUUUAUCUUGAAUGAAAAUCCAGGAGAAAAGAUCUUCAUUCCUUUGGAAUCUGAAUUGUGCACCUCAAACACAUGGCCUAUGGAGUCAAUGUAUAUCCAGCAAAAUGGAGAACCUUCUUUUGCUCUACUUUCGGCUUUGCGGUUAUGGGCAACCCGGCCAGACCAACGAAGAUCUGUUGCUCAUCUUGUUUAUUCAGGAUCCCAACUUUCGGUUGAAAAUGAGGCACUUGUAAUGAACCGGAUGUUGAAGAAUUGCAAUUUUGUCUUGAAGAAUUUGCAAACAUCAUAUGAAGAGGACAAUUUGCUUCUAAGAGACAUUGAGAAACUACAAGAUUCUUUAAGUUCUUUGCAGCUGAAGAAUGUUUUGGCAUCAUCAACUGGUCAGAUUCGCUCAUUCUUGGAGGCCAAUUGUUUAGAGAGAGGGGAAAGUAGUAGUGUUGAGAUGCUAUCAUCAUCUAGGAACAUUAUACAGGCCGUUGGUAGGUGGAGAUUAGCCAUCCAAUGGAGGCUCAGCUACAAGGAAGCUCUGAUAAAUUGCAGGUCUUAUUGUUGUAAAGUUAUUCAGACAAUUCCUUUUCAAAAUGACUAGAAUUGACCUUCCUGCAAUGUAGAUUUAAUUUGUAUGGAUUCAAUAAUUCCAGCAAAAUACUUCUGUUGGGGAAGUGGAUCGCAGACUUCGAAUAAAAAAUCCCUUACUUAUUUAUGACUUA